AUCACGUACAGCUUUGUCUGGGAUGUUCGGAUACCGUUGGAAAGGAUGCGAGACAUGAUCUGUAGCUCCUCAUAUAUGUCUCAUCUUCCUACUAUGGAGUUACUUUGAGCUGACCUGUGUUCAAGCUUUCUUAACACUGCACGUUUCUUAAUUAACCUUCCAUAUUUGACGACGCUAAAUUUGAGUCUCAUGAUCAAGUUUUCUACCGCUUAGUCGCAUUAUAUAUCGAUUCUGUUCUUUACUUGGAAGUGAGAUCUGUACCGUCGCCACAUUGCACCCGGCCGAAAUGAUUGCGCCCAAAAUAUCAAAGGGUAUGAGCCCAGUGAAGUUAACGGUGUGGGACUAUACGUUCGAACUCACGGAUGAGCAUCCGACGCCAGAGGUGAUGAAUCCCAUGAAGUUCACCUACGAUAAAUUGGGGGAGGACUGCUAUAGACGUUUGAAUGACAUUUCGCCACCAAAUAAUGGAGUGCUUCCACGACUAAGCUCAAGUCAAUCUACUCAAAAUAACAACAAAGGGGAACACAAGCCUCACCGAGAUUUGUACCAAAUUCUCAAAGACAACCGUGAAUCGGAUCCUGUCCUGGGUGAAUUUUGGAGGCAGGUCAGCACCGUACCAGACUGGGUCGAUUGGGAUCAAAUCGCUCGCGGCCAGGAUGUGUUCUAUCGAUAUGGAGCCGCAAAUUUGACCGGCCUCACCUACCAAAGUUUGCUGGGUGGUAUGGGAGCUGGAAGAGUUGUAGAAACUCUUGCACGGACAGGCGGCUUCAAUACCAAAGUAGCCCGACGUCGACUGUUUGAGACAACACAGCAUAUCCUGCAGGUCACCAAAUCACUCGAAGCAAUCCAGCCUCUUGGUGAAGGCUGGGCCUCCACUAUUCGAGUCCGCCUCCUACACUCGGCCGUCCGAGAACGUAUCAUGAAGCUAGCUAGUCAACGACCAUCAUAUUACAAUGUCGAGAAAUUCGGCAUCCCGAUCAAUGAUCUCGACUCCAUUGGCACUAUUGGUACUUUCAGCGCAUCCUUAGUGUGGAUAUCUUUACCGCGGCAGGGAAUAUAUCUACGUGAGCAAGAGAUCAAAGACUAUUUUGCACUAUGGCGAUAUGUCGCCUAUGUCAUCGGAACACCUGAUGAAGUAUUCGCUGACCAAGCUGUCACGCGACGGUGGAUGCACUCACUUCUUCUUUAUGAGGUUCAACCAACGGAUAUGAGUGGUGUCCUUGCUGGCAACAUAAUAAAAUGCCUGCAAGGUAUCCCACCGCUUUAUACCUCAAAGGAAAUGCUCACUGCAUCCGCACGCUGGCUCAAUGGAGACACACUUUGUGAUAAGCUCGGUCUUGAGCGUCCAUCGAAAUAUUAUACCUUCCUUAUGGCAGGUCAGUGCGUGUUUUAUAUGUUCUUGGCCUACUCCAAUCGCCUUUCCCGGGAUUGGGAUCAGAAGCAUAUUGCAUUCUUGAGGAAGGCUUUUUGGGCUAUGAUUGUGGAACACAAGAAUGGGUUGGAAGGCAAGCAAACGGUCUUUGACAUGAAAUAUAUUCCCGAUUUCAAUACUUUGACGGACGGUAACGAAAGCGAUGAACUCAAGACUCACACCGGUGAAAUUGAGAGACGCAACUUGAGAUGGAUGCUCAUGGCAAUCGGAGGGAUGCUUGGUAUUUCACUUGUUAGCGCUAAGAUCAUAAGUGUUGCCUUUAAAUCUUUGUCUUCUUAAGCAGAACAUAUCCUGUACUUUUAGAAUGUAAUACCUUUUACAUUUUCGAGCGAUUUUGAAGUUUUUACAAUAAACUAUGGCAG